AUGCCUGGACCAGCAGACUACUCCGUCUCCAUUCCCAUCGCCUCCCCUCCGCAGGACCUCUCCAGCUACGCCCGGUUCAUGCAUGACCACACUAAGCGUCAAAUGGAGGCCCAAGGCGCUUUCUCCGACAGGAAGCCUGGCGAGGGCAAGUCCUCAGUAUCAAGCGGUGCCAGCUCGAUGGCCAAUGGAUCCAGUCCUACUGGCAUGCAUAUUUAA